GAAGAGAAAAUGGAAGGCAACGGCUCCCUUUGCAUCCAGCGUUGGUCUACCAGACACGUAGCCAAGUGGCUGAAGCAAGAAGGAUUUUGUGAGUAUGUGGACAUUCUGUGUGAUAAGCACCGGCUGGAUGGCAUCACACUGUUGACUCUGACGGAAUAUGACUUGCGGUCCCCUCCCUUGGAGAUCAAGGUUUUGGGGGACAUCAAGCGGCUGAUGCUGUCCAUACGGAAGCUGCAGAAGCAUCAUGUGGACAUUUUGGAGGAGCUGGGCUACAGCAGCGAGACCCCAAUUGGGUCCCUGUCCCCCGUGAUCGGCUGCGCCCAAGGCAGGGAAUGGUUUUGCAAUGGCGAAGUGCAGCGGGACUGCGAUGACUUUGAAUCCGUGUCCGAGCUGAACGCUGAGCAGUACCAGUACACCAACGGGAAAGGCAAGCAUUCUCCGAGGAGGCUGAACCCUGAAUAUUGGAAGACAGCUCUGAGCUGCAUCUAUGUCUUCAUUGUGUUUGGCUUCACCUCCUUUGUCAUGGUCAUUGUGCACGAGCGGGUACCCGAUAUGCAGACCUACCCACCGCUACCAGACAUAUUCCUGGACAGUGUCCCUAGAAUCCCGUGGGCUUUUGCCAUGACCGAAGUAUGUGGCGUGAUUCUCUGCUACAUCUGGUUGCUGGUUCUCCUCCUUCACAGGCACAGAUCUAUCCUUUUGCGACGACUAUGCAGCCUGAUGGGAACUGUGUUCUUGUUACGUUGUGUAACAAUGUUUGUGACCUCACUGUCAGUGCCGGGACAACAUUUGCAGUGUUCUGGAAAGUUAUAUGGCAAUGUGUGGGCAAAACUUCAGCGAGCCUUUGCUAUUUGGACUGGAUUUGGCAUGACGUUAACAGGAGUACACACCUGUGGAGACUAUAUGUUCAGUGGCCAUACUGUUGUCCUGACUAUGCUGAACUUUUUUGUUACUGAAUAUACCCCAAGAAGCUGGAACUUUUUGCAUACGUUGUCUUGGGUGCUGAAUCUGUUUGGGAUCUUCUUCAUUUUGGCUGCUCACGAACACUACUCCAUCGAUGUCUUCAUUGCCUUUUACAUCACUACAAGACUCUUCCUGUACUAUCACACACUGGCAAAUACAAGAGCCUAUCAACAAAGCCGGAGAGCCAGAAUCUGGUUUCCCAUGUUCUCCUUUUUUGAAUGCAAUGUCAACGGUACAGUCCCAAAUGAAUAUUGCUGGCCCUUUUCAAAGCCAACCCUAUUGAAAAGGUUAAUCGGCUAAAGAACAUCCAGCUUAAUUCACAUCUGUAUGAAGCACUUACAAUUAAACCUCCUUCAAGAAACGCUGGGCAGGAAGGGUUGUUUUCACCCAUAGCCUCUCCUCUGGCCUUGUUCAUCCUCUCCUGGCUUACAAGGUUCAGAGGAGACAUAUUUUUCUUUAAAACAUCAACAAUGUUCAGGCAAAGUUGUUAAGCUAUAACAAAGUUCUGCAUGGAUGUGGUGAGGUGAAACGGCCGGUUCAGCAAAACUUACAGCUUUCUUGUGGGGAGGAUCUUAAAUUGAUCUUGGCUGCAGGAAUAACUUCAGAUCCAGGUACUACCUGAGCAUGCUCUGGGGUCUGUUUGCACAUCAUGGAUAACCAUAAGUAGUUUUGAGUAUUGAGUUUCUGGUUUGCACCCUCUAGAUGGCCUUUGACUUCGGUGUGGAUUCUGCUCAUGACUUAUUAAAGCCAUUUUGAAUGGUAGGCAUAUGGUUCGAAGGCAAGAUUUACAGUCUGGAUGGAAAUAAUAGUAGCAAUUUUAAAAGCCGCGUAACAUCCUGCAGUUGAACAAUAUGUUUCAACAUGAAAAAUGGCAAGCGAGCGAGCAAUGGAACUGUCUUGCUCAGAUUGCUUGUGGAAAGCAAUAAUGCGUGCAGGUAGGGCUCUGGUAGAGUGCAUUCGUGCUGAACUAUGUAAUGCUUAAAUGUGAUGUGCAAGCACGUACGUCGUAUCUCGGACAGAUACUAAUACUGACAAAAAGGUCACAGCCGUUCAGUAAUUGGCUCUCAAUAUUUAUUUUAGCAAAUAAAAAAGUUGGGGAACAUUCACCCAGGGACAUAAGUUUUCCAAAGCCUUAAAAGUAUGAAAAAUAUAUACGCUGUAUUAAUCAAAAGGGGCAAACUUAGCAUUUCUGGUGAACGAUGCUAAAACUCUGAACAGGCUUGACUGACUUAAGAUAAACAAAUUAAUGUCCUCCGGAGGGCCUGAGUGUUUACAUUUCAUCAAACUGGUAAGAAAUAUAUGAAAAAUGAGGUGGGUUGAGAUUUUGUGCCACAACUCUUUCAAAAGUGCAGUAUUAAAACACUUAUUUAAAUCCAUGCAUGCUUUUUACACAUUGAUGUUAGGGGAAUAGUAAUCCUGUUAAAUUGGGAGGCGAGUAAUAAGAUCACGUCGAAUAAAGGCAGGAAGUUUUGCUUGAGGGACAUGGGUGAUGCACCAAACUCUGGUUUUGGAUAGAAGCCCAUUUCCCUUCCCUUCACUAAUAGCCUUCAAAAAUACGCGACACUGAAGAAGUUCAAAUUUAAUCAGCUACUUAAGAAACUUUUGAAAUGCUUCUUGGUUAGAGGUUAAGCAAUGGAAGUUUGGUGGUUUCAGUCACUGACACUUUUUGAUGAAUGGACCAAUGGCCGAAAGUAAGAAAACAAGCGAAACACUUCGCACUUGGGGCUCCUGGAAAACCUCCUUAUUUUUCUCUCUCUCUGAUGCCUACCUUUCAGAAAACUUAUUCAGAUCUGUUCUUGAUCUUUUAAACUGUCCACUCAGUUUAAAGCUGAGCGUCCCAAUGGCCUAAAAAUUGUGUAUUAAAAGAAGACUAUUUUAAACCUGGAAUGCAAGGUUUGGUCAUUCCCAUUGUGCAAAUUAGUAUGUCACUGUUCGAAGUUGUCCGCAGCUGGAUGUGCAUGUGGAUGAUUUAUAAUCCAUUUCUAAUUUAGAUUUUUAAACUUGACAGUUUUGAAAGUUGUGGUCAAGUCAGUUAUAUAGUCUUAGUAACUUCAUAGGGGGCAGUGAGUUUCACUGACCCGAAAUAGUCUGUCUGUCCUUUGGCUUGAAUACUUUUCACUAACCAACACUGAAUUUUCUGGUGGAACUCCGAUGAGACAACAUAGCCCAGUUGCAACCUUUUUGCAGUGCUUUCUUCUGAUAGCUAAAUUCCAGUCUCACACACGGAGAACUGUUUCUAGAGCUGUGAAUUGGCAGGUUAGAGACCGUGAAUGCAUUCUUUAUUUUUUGUGCUCUGUGCUGAAAAGAGAUGAAUACUGGUAGGUGUAAAAAUACAGGGCUUCACUUCGAAUUUCAAGAAAUCUUACCAAAAAAUAUACUGAAAUAAUGUUAAGAGCACAUAAAGUAUUAUUAAUCUCUACCUUAAAAAGUAUUUUCACCCUAGAACAUUGUAAAUAUUUCUAGCAAUAUUUAAUAUUGCCCCACUAAUACAGUAUUCACAUCUACUUUGGUGUCAUUUCAAGGUGAAGUGAAACCAAAUCCUUGAAGAGUAUAGAUUGCCUUCUUUCCCACAAAUUCCAGAAUGUUCCAGAGAAGGCGUUGAAACCAAAUUCUUUUUCUAAAAUGAUUUUCACGCACACUGGUCUUUCAUUUGCAUAAGUCCAUUGCAUAAAGGAAUUAGGCAGGGAGAUCAUCUCCCAAAAUAUUGAAAUGUAACAUGAGGUGAUUUUUUAAAAAAAAAAAUCGAAAUGCAGAAGCUGUUGAGGUGGCAAGUUUUUACGGUUGCAGCCACGGUGUGUGUGUGUGUGUGUAAUAAAAUGCACAGUUUGUUGCAUUUUGAAUGCAACAAUAUUCUACCUCUGGUUUGGCCUAGCCGGAAAAAUUAAAAUUAUUUUCCUUCGCCACGUUCACAGCAACGCGCUUUCAGUGUUUACCCAAAUCUUUCCUCAAUAGCAAACGUACAAAUUAGUCUUCUUCGAAGCAGACAUUUUGUUGGCUGUUUAAAACAAACCUCAGUAAAAUGCAACCGGGAAUGCCAGAUAGAAGCAGCCAGUCCCUAAGUUUACAGAUGCCUUUGUUAAUGGAGCAAGGCUUUAUCCAUUAAAAGAAUCAUCAAGUUUACAGGCCCAAAUCCUCAGUAUUAUAUGGCUGGUGCACCUGGAAAUGAGGCAACAGAAGCGGUGAUAUGGGAACAAACAUACAGGAGCACAAAUGAGUAGCUCUCUGUAGAAGUAGCUUUGAUGACUUCUGUAGCUGUGCCAUUCCAAUCUUCAGCAACGGCUUCCUUGAUGGGACACUUCCCCUAUCGAGAGAAAACCAUAUAGAGCAGGGGUCUCCAACCUUGGCAACUUUAAGAUUUGUGGACUUCAACUCCCAGAAUUCCUUUCCCCAGG